AAAAUAAGUUCUUAGCGCGGAACUAUCCCAUCAGUCACAUAUUAACACGGAACCUUUUUACGAGCGGACCGGAACCAGCGUGCGUCCAAAACAGCGAGCAUAUUCUCCAGGUCAGAAAUCCAUCCAAAAAUACAGAAAUGCUUCAGCGUGCAUCGGUGCUGUUAACCAGGCAGAUUGCCAGGCACAGAUCCACAGAUACCAGCCUCAUCUUGGAGAGAUCCAUUAACCGGGUCCAGUUGCUGGGGCGUGUGGGUCAGGACCCUGUUAUGAGACAAGUUGAAGGUAGGAACCCCGUCACCAUCUUCUCCAUGGCGACCAAUGAGAUGUGGCGCUCUGGAGAGGGAGAGGUCUCGCAGACAGGAGACGUCAGCCAGAAGACGACGUGGCACAGAAUCUCAGUGUUCAAGCCUGGUCUAAGAGAUGUAGCCUAUAACUACGUAAAAAAAGGGUCUCGGAUUCUAGUCGAGGGGAAGCUGGACUACGGAGAGUACGUGGAUAAGAAUAACGUGAGAAGGCAGGCCACCACCAUCAUUGCAGAUAACAUUGUGUUUUUGAGCGAAAUCCGAGAUCGAGAGUGAAGGAUUUUCCUGGAAGCUCAUUAAACCGUACAAAAUGUAUUUUGAUCUUCUUCUUUGUUCUUUCGAGUGACUGUAUGUAGAAUGAAGGUAUUAUGAUCGUCUGAAUUCUUUCUGUGACCAGAAGCUGACAGGAAUUAGACCAGUUAUGUUUCUACACUGUCAAAACAUAUUUGUUUUUAUUACCGAUAUUCCGUCGUACUCUACACUGUAUUGUGAUAAUAAAAAAUACAACUCCUGUCGUUAGAGACUGGUUCACUUUUCCAGUGGCUGUACUCAUGUUUAUUUUGUAUUGACACAGUUUCUCACUUGUUUCCUGUAUGAAACUAAUCCUUAUAUGUUCUGCCAUUUCAGUGUGUAUGCUUUCAUAAGCUUUUUAACAUUUUACUCAGGGAAACCUCAGUGGUUUCAAUCCUGUCUUUAUGCUCGCUAUAUAUACAGAGGUAGAGUUUGUACACAGCCUGUAUUAUACACAUGAAGAAAUGUUGAAGUUAGGCGUUAUGCUUGGUAUACUCGUUUUACAUGAAUAAAAAAUAAAUAAAAUGAAAUGCAAGUUA